AUAAGCACUUACGUUCUGUCACAAACUCGAUAUGCUGGGAACCGUUGAAAUUUUAUUAAUUAUUUGCGGGUUAAUUAUUUGCCUGCUUUAUUAUUAUCUCACUGCGUCAUACAAUUUUUGGAAGAAAUUCAAUAUACCUGGACCUACACCUAUUCUAUUUUUUGGUACGAUGAAGGACGUUAUACUCGGUAAAGUACUAAUAGGGGAAUAUUUGAAAAAUCUGUACGAUGCCUAUGAAAAUACACCGUUCGUGGGAAUAUUUAACAUGAGAGAACCGAUCCUAAUGAUAAAAGAUCCUGAAUAUAUAAAGGAUGUUUUUAUUAAAGAUGCUGAGUUAUUCCCUCAUCGAGGUGAUUUUACAGUAGAAGUGGAACUAAUAAACCAUUCUAUUUUUCUUGCGAAUGGAACAAUAGCGCAUCAUUUAAAGUCAAAAAUAUCACCUAUUUUAACGCCUAAUAAACUUAAGAAUAUGUUUCAUAUGAUACUAAAAUCUAUGGAACGUUUGGACAAUUAUAUCGAAAAAUUGUUACGGAGGAAUAGUCACGAGAUAAAUUGUUCCGACAUGACAUUUAAAUUAACUCUCGAUAUGGCCGGUAAUAUUUUUUUAGGUAUUGAUUUGAAAACUUUGACAAAAGGUACAAUAGAAGGGAAUGAGAUUUUUACAUUUUACAAAAUGAUGCGUGGCACAUUCUGGAGUUAUUUAACGAAGACAAUAAUGAGGAAGACAUCUUCACAAUUAUACAACUGGAUUAAUAACUACCUGUUCAAUGAUGCUAAAACAACACAGAACUUGAUCGAUUUUAUUUUCAAUAUCAUGAAGUACAGAGAAGAAUAUGGCUUUGUCAAAUCUGACGCCAUUAAUAUAAUAAUGGAAUUAAAAAAAAAUCAUAAACAUUUCGCUGAAAUAUUGGGCACAACAAAUAUAACUGAUGAGUUUAUCGCUGCGCAAGUAUAUGCUUUAUUCUACGCCGGCUAUGAGUCAUCUGGAAUGACGAUUUCUUUUACAUUGUACGAACUGGCUUUAAAUCAAAAUGUUCAAGAUAAAUUACGAGAAGAGAUACGGGAUAUGUAUGCAAGAAACAAUAAUGAAAUGCAUUUUGAGAGUAUAAAUACAAUGCCUUAUUUAAUUGCAGUUAUUAAAGAGACAUUGCGGAAAUAUCCAAUAGCAAAUUCAAUACAACGAGAGGCAUUAUCAAGUUAUACUUUCAAAAACACUAAUAUAACUGUGCCAAAAAAUCAGAAGAUUGUCAUACCAUUAUAUGCAUUCAGUUACGAUCCAAAAAUAUACCCUCAGCCAGAAAUCUAUAAUCCAAAGAGAUUCAUGGAUCAAACUGAACAAAACUCAAAGUAUUUCUUUUCAUUUGGACACGGGCCAAGAAGUUGUAUCGGUGAGCGGUUAGGCAUGCUCCAAGUUAAAAUUGCACUGAUUGGUAUUCUGCAUAAUUACAAAUUUGAUGUUUGCGAAAAGACAGUAACGUCAUUCAAAUAUUACUCUACGAAACUCGUGGAAAUACCAGAUGAAGAUAUUUUUCUCAAAAUGACAAAAAUUAACUAAUUUUUUAUAUAUGUGCAUGUUUACCUACAUGUAUGACCUAACAUCGAAUAUACAAAUUCAGACAACACACGAUCUCCUGAGGACGUCCUAAGGACGUCCUGAGGAUGAAAAAUGUCCUCAGGACUUCCCCAGGAUGUACUUUGGAUAUCUCCUGCCCAUAUAGCACAAAUGUUUACUAGAUAUUCUAAGAACGUUCUAAGAAUAUUCAAAUAUUCUUAGAACGUUCUUAGAAUAUCUAUUGAACAUUUAUGCUGUAUAGGUGAACAUCUGUGCUGUUAGGGAAUAGAUAUAUAAAUAUUUGCUUUAAUUCAGAAUUUAUUCAGUGUAAUUCGAUUUUAUUUAAGUUUUUAUUAUCCAAUCCUAAAAAAGUUUUUUUUUAGUAUAAAAAAGAGAUGUCCGUUCCGAAAUUGCUUGGUUAUCGAUAUUAUCGCUGGCAUUCCCUUAUAGAAAUAUCAUACUAAGAAUCAUUGAUAAUUACUUAUUAUCCAGUAUUUUUAAUACUGAAAAUAAGUAAUUAUCAAUGAUUCUUAGUAUGAUAUUUCUAUAAGGGUUGUUGCCUCUUUUUCGCGAUACCGAUUGGCUGGGGAGAAAUGGGAAGAGGCAAGGAAAGACAGGGAAAGACAGGGAGUGACAGGCAGAGACGGGGAAAGAUAGAGAGAGAUAAGGAGAGACAGAGAGAGACAGAAAGAGACAGGGAGAAACAAGGAGAAGCCGGGAAAGACAAAGAAAGACAG